AUGAUAUUUUACAUAAGAGUUGUUAACAAUUUCAUUCAACACAUUGAGUUAGAGGAGAUUCUGAAGAUAAUUCGAAUUUUUAAAUUUAAAAGUUAAAUUUCAAAAAGUUACAGUAUGAAAAGCUAAAAUAUAGUAAAAAAACACUCCAAAGAUAAAUUUUCUAAUGAAUUUGGUUUCAGAUACCGCGUAUUGUAUCCAUACGAACCGAGACAAGGCGAUGAACUGGAACUCGAAGAGAAUGAUAUUGUUUUUGUAGUCGAGAAGUGUGAGGAUGGAUGGUUUAUCGGUAAGGAUUGAUAUAAAAAUAUUCAGCUGGGUUUUUUCUACAUUUUGAUGUAUACAAAUGUUAGGUUUGGAAUAUUUUGAUGUUAUAAAAUGGCAUUUUUCGAGACCCGUUUACCUAAAAUAUUGCAAGAAUUAGGUAGCCUUUGUUAAUUUGAGUAUAACUUUUUUACCGGUUCACCAAAUGUUAAAAUUUUUUGAUUCUUAGACACACAAGAUAUUACUUUAAAAGACUUAUUACCGUAUUUUAUCAUGCUAUUUUCAGGAACAUCGCUAAAGUCCGGUCAAUUUGGAACAUUUCCCGGGAAUUACGUUGUCAAACACUGA